UGAAUUCGUUUUUUUCUUGUCUUGCCUUUCUUUUCUGCUGUGGGAGGGUAUCGACUAUGAGGGUAGGUGUGACUGGCACUUGCGUGUAUCGUUAAUGCAUCUUGCAAGAUGCAGUAGUGGACAGACACGUUAUUUUCUUGUAUCUGUAGACUUUCAGAGGGCAAAAUGUUGCACUGGGCACAGUUCUAACACGAUCGGUAGGGUUUUGCAUAGUGUUUUUGUUUAGAAGUGAAACGAAAGAAACUGAGAGCAGCCCCCUGGAGGACAUACGUGCUGCUCAGUUUCUUGUGCUUUGCAGAGUUCCAGUGGAAGUAUCAGUGUGGAAGAUAUUCAAGAAUGUUUAUGUUUCUUUUGCUCGUAUUUCUUGCUGUAUAGAUAGGCACAGAAACGUGUAAUACAGUUGUGUUACACUUUCUCUUCUACAGCGAUGAAUUAAAACAACCUCUGGCAGCUGUGCGAAGCGGUGGCUGAAUUGGCUUUACAGCAUCCUCUCAUUUGUUUAGUUGUUCUGAGCUGAUAGGAGUCAGAGUUUGCUUACAACAAUAACAAAAUCUGUUUUUUAAAAGAGAAAUGUUGCCUGUCUCUUUUUGCAUGUGCUUUGGUUUUAUUACCUACUGGCACAGCAAUACUGAUCUAAACUUCAUGGAUAUAGAUUUCAGUAUUUUUUUGUUUAAUAUUACUGCUUAAUAUCACCAACUACUUACAUAAUAGCCUUAGUAACUUCAAUACAACCAAAUCCUUAAGUUUGGUGGCAAGACCAAUAUUAGUCAAGUAGAAUUUCUGCCUUGCAGACCUUGAUAGCAUCAGCUGUAUUAAAUCUAUACUUCUGGUUAAGUUGCACGUAACAUUUCUCAUGCUUCACAUGUAUCAAAACAAGAAGUAACAAGAUGUGAAUUAGAACAUUUCUAUCGUUGUCUGUGAAUUUGUGCUAAAGCGUUCUUUUUCAGUGUUGAAGUUCAGACAAGAAUCAGAUUUUGAGGCAUAAAAAGAGAGGUGUUACUUUAGUAAUGGUGUUUGGAUGCUUAUUUAUGUGAAGACUGUGUUCUAAGGAAGACACCAUAUAACUGACACAGAUGGAUGAUACAGAGCUUUCUGUGAAAGUGUUGAGGAAAUGAAUCGAGGAUCCUAAGCUGACUCUAACCUUGUGAGCAUUUAUGCAUGCAAUGAUGAUGUUGCAGUAGUUGCCCCUAAAUUGGGAAGUCAGUUUGGCAGUGCUUGGGUCCUCUUCUGAUCCUGCAUCUCUGAGUACGUGUGACCAUCCAAAAGUGGAGCAUGCAGAACUUAAAUAAGUUAUGUUGUGCCUUGAAUUCUGUGUGCUCUGUCCUUCAGAAGCAAAACAACUCAAGUUGUUUGAGAACUGGUACUAGAAGAUUUGAUAGAUUAUAUGGGAAUAAAUUGAAAUACAGAUUUCCCUUGUUAUAUUUAAAUAGCCAUUUUGGACCAACAAGUGGAUGGCAAGCCUUCUGUUACGCUGAGACAGGAUUUGAUUUUGCUUCUGACUCUAAGCAAGCAACGUUGUUGAUUACGUGUUGGGAAUGAACACAAACAUUUUGUUAGUGGCUGGGUACAGAGGACAAGUAUGAGAUUUCUUCACUUUCUGUACUGUUUGUACAUUCUGGGCUAGGCUAACCAAAACAGGUGAAUACACAUACACUGUGCCAUCUCCUGUGCUGUGACACCCUUUCAAACAACACUUAUCUCCUGAAGGAACUGACGGAACCAGAAGAUUUGGCAAGGUUGGGACUUCAUUCACAGAAGUGUGCAGCCCAGUCAUCAUUAUUCUGGAAGCAAUCACUUAGAAAUAAAGCAGAAUAUAUCUUUUAGAAUAUAUAGGCCCUGGUGCAUAAGAGCAUAAAGUCAGUGAAACUGACUUUAACUGGCUAUCUGCAGAAUCCAUAUCUCAAAUACAGCUAGAUUUUACUGAGAAUCCAAAAUUCAUUUUGGAGGAGACCCCGAGUUUGAUGUUGGAAUGACUUGGGUGACUACAAAUCCCAGGGAGCACUGCCAUCGGCAGGUUUGUGCAAGCGGAUUGGCAUCCUGCAGGGACCAAUGGCAGGCAGAGAAUUCAAGACAAUUCAUGUGUGUCAGCUCUCUGUAUUAAAAAGCGCUGGAGAGAGCUGCAGACCUGUGUGGAAAUCGCCUGUUUCCCCAGGCUACAUUUAAACCUAUUUGUGAGCUGGGUAUUGAUAUUAUAUUUUAAACCCGCUGUGCCUAAGCUUGAAAAAGCCUGCUGGACCAGCCCAGAUGGAUGCAAUUUUGAACUGCAGACUGGAUGAGUUGGAAGAUUACUACAACUUGCUCGGAUGUGAUGAACUAUCUACGGUUGAGCAAAUUCUUGCAGAAUUUAAGAUUAGGGCCCUUGAAUGUCAUCCUGACAAACACCCAGGAAACCCCAAAGCAGUGGAGAAUUUCCAGAAGCUGCAGCAAGCUAAGGAGGUUCUUAUUAAUGAAGAGAGUCGAGCACGCUAUGAUUACUGGAGGAGAAGCAAAAUCACCAUUCCUUUCCAGCAGUGGGAGGCUUUGAGCAGCUCUGUGAAAACGUCAAUGCACUGGGCUGUCCAAAAUAAGAAGGAUCAAAUGCUGGAAGCUCCUGACUUGAACAAUAGCAACAACUUAACUAAUGAGAUUUGGACCCAGAAAACUGAAAACAAUGAAGAUGGAUUGUCUGAUGGGAACAGAGAGCAAGAUGUUGCAAUUCCUGAUGUAAAACCACAGUCUUCAAAGAAUCCAGACUCCCCAAGAUUUUCAGAGGCAAACUACUGGCACUUACGUUUCCGCUGGUCAGGGGAUGCCCCAUCAGAUCUUCUGAGGAAAUUCAGAAACUAUGAAAUCUAAAAUGCAUAAUACACAGGAGUGUGAGGUCAUCUAAUCAACAAUUCAGUAUUUUUUGCAGUAGUUUGAAGUUAUUUGUAUUUUGUAUUCAUUCAUUGUGCUUUGAAUGUUGUCUGAAUAAAUGUAACGUCUGUAUCUGUUAACACACAUUCUAUGAGUAUUACAGGCAGAGGUCUGUUUUAAUAAGGUUCAGUAAGCAGAGCCCUUUUCAGUAUUAAUGUAGAGUGAUUUGGUGUAGCUAUCUAAUUUUUUGUAUGUUGUUUCUUGUGUUUUUAAAUACUGUGUAGUAAUAGUAAUUGUAUUCUCAGCGGAACCAAAAGUCAAUGCUAGAUUCCAAGAUAUUACUAUAUUAAAUGACAAUCUACCAAAAGCUGUAUGACAAUGAAUUUAAAACUGCUUGGUUCUAAACUAUGUACUUUGGUUUUCUAUUGCAUUGUACUUACUGCAGUGAUUUGUAAUGCAUGCAUUCACAAUACUAUUACAAGCCUAACUUGUUGGACAGUUGUAAUUUUGCAAUAUAAAUAAAGUAAGAACCUUGUUAUUAUCCAGCAGGUGACUGUAGUGGAUCAAGUACUCUCAAAAAUCACUUUCAUUCUAUCAUAAUAGGUAAGCUUUUUGCACCAAAUGCUUGUUUUAGAAGGCAAUUCCAGAGCCUUGCUUUAUUGGACAGAAACUCUUCUUGUUAAGAUUUGGUGGUGGAAAUCUGAUACCUCUAGUAUGUAUGCCAGCAUUGUCCUAGUGUAAUAGUUACUUUCUUCCCUUGGGUGGCCUCACAAACAGCGUACAAAAUCCUGAUAUGACCCUAAGUAUGAAGAAUCAGGCCAGCCUGCAUUAAUAUGUUUAAAAUCUUAUGUGAUAAGUUUUUGAAAUGUUGAGUGACUUCUCAAAUUCUGUGUGUGUAUUUUGCAUUUGCUUCCUUUUUUUGUAAUCCUGACUGAUACAUCAGCUAAUUGACAUUGUGUUUUUUGUGUGGGCAAGUGAUUCUGACAGCAACAAAUAAAACUACAUGCAUACAGAAAGGAUUCUCUU